CUCUUUGUUUCAAUCCCUUAACUUCUCACCCUUAGUUAGUGUCAAGUGUGUCUGUAGUGAACAAGGGAACUACCUCAUAUCUACCAUGGUGCUUGGAGACAUCCCCUCACACUUAGAGACACAGGCAUCGCUAUAGGAGGAGGAGGAGGAGGAGAAGGAAGAAGAGGAAGAGGAGGAGGAGGAGGAGAAGGAAAAGGAGGAGGAUUCUUAUCUCCUUCUUUCCUUCCUUCCUUCCCCCCUUUAUCAGGUGGAGGUGGAAACAUGGUUUGUCAAAGGAUGAUAAUGGGUUGGCCUGGGUCAUACUGGGUCAGCGUCUGUCACGUGAUCUUGCUGUCGACCGGCGUGACCCUUGCUCUGACCACGCAGGAAGGUGGAACGGUGCUCCAUGAGGUGCUGGCGGGACGGCAGGUGUAUGUUUACCGUUCCUAUAAGGACGUCCAGAUCUUCCACUUUUCUGUGCCACCUCACGUCUCUGUCGCGCACUUCAACUUCACAGCCAAUGACACCCUUGCUUGCGAUGCCCGUAACAUUACUGCCUUUCUGCAAGCCCAAAGCUACCCUGUGGUGAAUCCCGAUGGUGCAGAGUUUCCGCCUGGCAUGUGGAUCAACCGGUCGCAUGUCUAUGAGGUGCACCUGCGCUCGGACCUUAAGCCAGCCCUACUCUCCGUCCCAUUCCCUGUCGCUGGGGAUUGGUUCAUGGUGGCCUUUAUCAAUGAUACAUCCAACCGCAUAACUCAGGCUGGCCUGUUUCCAUCGUGCCACUCGUGGUUGCAGAGCGAGGUGGAAUAUCGGCAGGAGGACCAGAUUACCACCGUUGUGCCUGAGAUCCACUCCCAUCAAGAGAUUCAGCUCUACCAGAAAGUGGAAGGCUCUGAAUAUUAUAGAUUUUAUGUGCCGUCGUCUACAUGGCUUGUGGUUGUGAAUAUCAGCAAAUGCGUUGUGUUGGAUGAGGGAGAAGGGUCUCCUUCUUGCCCCAUAGAUGUAGGCUUCCGAACAAGAGCCUUGCCUGACCCAAAUUCUACAGACACAGUGGUUCACAACUGUGCUGAUGAUGGUGAAGUGUGCACGGUUGAGGUCGUCCCCGAGGAAGAGGCAUGGCACUAUAUUCAGCUAAGUACCCAUCAAGCUGCUGUCCAGCUCAGCAUGGCUGUCAAAUUCUAUAUGUGUGAUGAACCAGGUGGAAGCAGUUACCACCUGCUGAGUCGAUUGUACCUGAACCAGCUGUGCAGUGAAGGGAGCAGCAUACAAAACCUCCCACUGAUGUCCAAUGACACAGCCAAUGAGGUAAACAGCACAACUGAAUCAGAAGAGAAUGCUGACAAUAUGGAGUCACGUCGCAUUCUGUUCAUGCCGUCAGUGAAGAGAAAGAGGAACCUGCAAGAUAGUUGUUGGCCGAGGCAUAAUUUAGUGAAAAAGACAUUCGGGGGGAACUUUGUCUUCGAAUUUGACCUUCCGCCAGAUGAGAAUGGAUCAGUUCCCCUCCUACUGAAUAUCACCAAUGACUCCCCUACCCUUCUCACCUUCAACUUAGAGCCCAUCAUAGACAUUGGUGGAACACUUUCUGUGGAGCUGGCUGUUUCCCCAUUCAUGAACAUAACUCUCCACAACUUCACUGUGGAUGCUUGCGUGAGCCAUGGCAAGCGCAAAGAGCCAAACCUUGAUGUAGAUGCUGAGUUCAAGUGUCCUCGAGGUCAUGGCCUCCACGUCAACACCUCAAGCCUGUCCGCAGCUGCCACGUCAGUCCUGAUACCGUUCCCUGAGCCUGGGCCUUGGUACCUAACACUCCGUUCAGGUUGCUACCUUUCCAAUGCAAGUGAGGUGACAGAAUGUACUGUUAAUGAGACUACAGUGCUCUUCAGCAUCACUUCAGCCUCGUGUCUGCAUGGGAAAUGUGGCAGAUACGGGUCUUGCUAUCAAUAUAUUUCUGGGGGCUUCAUAUUUUCUACUUGUGUCUGCGAUGCAGGCUACCGUGGGUGGGCAUGCACAGACAAAUCUCAAGCCAUGGCUAAUUGGCAACUGAUCCUGGCUACACUGCUGCUAACGCUGUCAAAUCUGUUCUUCCUGCCGGCAAUCAUCUUGGCACUGAAGCGACGAUACUUUGCAGAAGCUGUGGUGUAUGCCUUUACCAUGGUUUUCUCAACGUUCUACCAUGCUUGUGACCAGCAGCCAUACAACUUCUGCCUGAUGCGCUUGAGUGUCAUGCAAUUCUGCGACUUCUAUUCUGCCAUCCUCUCCUUCUGGGUCACCCUCAUCGCUAUGGCUGACCUGCCCCACUCGCUCUACUCGUUCCUCCACGUGGCUGGUGCUCUGGUGGUUGCCUUGGGAGUGGAGUAUGACCGAACUGGACUGUGGGUGUUUGUUGUCCCUUCGGCCUCAGCCUUCUUGAUAAUGGUCGCCUCAUGGGUAUGGCACUGCAAACACCUGCACAGCUGCUAUCCAACCAAAUGGUACUGGCUGACGUGUCUUCUGCCGGGAGUGCUCCUCUCCGCCACUGGCCUCUUCUGCUACGCGUUCCUAGAGACCCAUGACAACUACUACUAUGUGCACUCGGUGUGGCAUGCGACUAUGGCCCUUGCGAUCCUCUGCCUUUUGCCUCCGCGGAGAGAGAAAGAUGGCUUCCUCUCUGUGACCCACCCAACCUCGGAGCCUAACCUACAGGCCUACAGGAUAACCACUUUGCAUGCUUCCUCACCCUAAUGUGGAGUGGUUUACCCCCUUAUCCUCCAUGAGCUCAUAGAGGGCAGACGGUGCGGCCUGGCUCACUCAUCCUUUCCCGUGACACCACUCGGCUUGCAUGGCUUGUAGGAGGAAUCUCUCCUUUCCCGCAGGUGGUGGAGGGGUCAGGUAGUCAGGCCUUUUUGCCUUGUCUCCCCUAAAAACCUGCAUCUCUUGGAGGUGGCUUGGCUUCUCUUGUGUGGUGGUGCUAACACUGCGUUUUUGUUCUCCAGUCUCCCUGUCUUUUAUGUCUCAUACUUACCUCUUUGUUUUCUUACUCCUGUGCCCUGGUGAAAUAACUUAAUUCAUCAGAAGCACUCUCUUUCUUUCUUUCUUCCUUCUUAAUUCUUCUCUCUAACUUCUUUGUCCUCUCUCUAUUCUCUGUCCCUUCUGUUAUCUCUCGCAUCACUCUCCUCUCCUUUCCUCUCCCUUCUUGCUGCUCUCAGUCUUUACAUUCUACCAGUUACUAACCCUUCCAUUAAAACCAAUCUUUUCUGUACUUCACCUACACAAAAUAAAAUCUCCAAGUGAAGUGUUUUCAUUAUGGCAUAAGAAUUUUAUUCGCAGGAAGAUCCAGCAUGUAGACAUAUAAGUGAAACUGUAAAAAUGUAUCUGUUGUUUAUUUUUAGAUUCAAAACAUUUUCAGUCAAAUAGAAAUGGUCAUUUGCUAUUUACUGCUUCAUUUUUAAUAGGAGUUAUGGCCUCUUUUGUAUUUAUUGUACAUAGAGAAAAAUGCUUAGAAUUAGGAAUAUUUUUUCUGCCAGUACGUGCACAAAGUACCAUCUUGGGUACAUCGAUUGCAGCAGCUGGACCUGUCUUAUAAUGAGGCCAACAAAGAAUUUAACAAGAUGCCAAAAUGAGAACAGACAAGUAACUGUUUAGUACCCAAAGGCUAAAAAGUACAAUGUGUGAUGUAAUUAGCUAUUUUGAGCUUUCAUGUAACAUAUAGGUAUUAAAAAAUAAGGGACUCAGGGAGACAGAAGGGUGAAAGUUGAAGAGUUGAUGCCCUAAGUUUGAUUGCAGUCCUCCCUCCCUCCUCCCUUCCCUACCCCCAUUUUAUAAAGUACAGCAUAACCAACGCAAGUCUUGUCAUCACAAGCAACAUCAGAAUAGCAUAUGUCAUCACACAUAUCUGUUGUCCAUCUUUGGUCUCAAUAGUGUUCAAUGAACAUUCCAUCCACAGGCUUGCUUAACCCAGACUAGUUUAGUUGCUUGGAAAUGUUAGCAUAAGAAGGAAUGGAUGUAGGAUGACAGCAUUGUCUUUUUUUUUCUCUCUCUUCCUCUCUCUUUUUUCAGUUAGAUCAGUUGUUUGUAACUUGGCUGCAGAUCCAAGACCUAGGUAAUCUGUGAGCUGCAGGAUUUACCAGCAAAGAUUUUCUCUUGCUAUUUACUAACGUCUGAACUGCUUUAUAUCUUGCUAGUCUGAAAAAAUGAAUGGAUUGAUCGGGAGGCUUUUGACGCAGCCGGCAUUUUGGAUUUUUGGAAACGUUGACACGUUGCCUACAAUUGGUGUUUUGGUGUCUGUAGUGGACUUUUAGAAGAUAUUGCCUAAUAGAUGUAGUUUUCUACUUAUGAUUUAUACAUUUUCCUUGUAAACAAAGAAGAAAGGAUAAAUAGGCCUGCAGUUUCGACUGUGAUUUUACUAUGGUUAUCAUUUUCUAGAUAUAUACAGAGAUUUAUAUUGUUGUUUGUAGACACAGCCAAAGCUGAAAGAGUGUAUGUCUCACAAAUUACAGUAUACUUUGUAGUCAUACUGAUGAAAUGUAAACGUGUUACGUGUGUGUAUAACUGAACAGAAAGUAUGAGUUUAAUCUUUAUAUGAUAAGUUCCACCAAUACUUUAUUUCUGUAUGCUUUCUGGUUGCCUGGGAAGAGUCCUCUGUGAAUUUAAUUGAUUUUGAGAGCUAUGAGGUAAUUCAGAACUUGCUAACUACCUGUACUAGUCAUUUGAACAGUAUCAAAUAGUUUUGAUGAUUAUGAACUUGAAGAUCACAAAGCUUAUGUGUAGACUGAUCAUUGUAUGUGAGUUUCAAUAAGUGAGAUGUGAUAGAAACCCAGGCCUACCAAGUGGGCAUUAAUUUUAGGCAUUAUAUCGUAUAAGCAUUCAUAUAUUCAUUAUUUAUUUAUUUGCACCAUUCUGUACCUGCCUCAUGGAGUCAUUCUCGUGUAAACAGUCAAAAGCGCACAUGUGCGUCACACACACACACACACACACACACACACACACACACACACACACACACACACACACACACACACACACACACACACACACACACACACUCACACACUCACACUCACUCACGUACA